AUGAUUAGGACUCAUCGGAUCGAGGAAGUCAACGUGGAAGGGACGCGAAAUGUAUUGGAAACCUGUGUGAAGAAAGGGAUCACGAGGUUAGUGUAUUUGAGCACGAACGGUGUCGUUUUUGGUGGAAAAGAGAUUGAGAAUGGAGAUGAAACUCUACCUUACCUACCUUCCAACUACUACGUCAGUUCAUAUGAUCGGACAAAAUCUAUUGCCGAACAGUUGGUUCUAGAGAACAACGGUCGUAUUGUUGAGAAUGGACAUGGAAGUCUUUUAUCUACGUGUGCGAUUCGUUGCCCGAUAGUUUAUGGACCGGCUGAAGAGAAGUAUCUUGAUAGGAUAAUAUCUUAUGCAAGAUUGGGUUUAUUCCUCUUCAAAAUCGGCGAUACAAGCUCAAAAACCGAUUGGAUUUAUGUGGAUAACAUUGUAUACGCGCUCAUGUUGGCAACCACCGAUUUACUCAAUGAACACCCGAGAGCCGCAGGGAAGGCCUACUUUGUUUCUGAUGAUAAUCCAAUAAACUUUUUUGAAGUUCUUCGGCCACUUUUGAAGAAUCUUGAUUAUGAUCUUCCAAAUUCAUCGCUAUCUAUUUCGUUUGUGGUUUUACUCGGAAAAAUAGAGGUUGGGGUGACUCAUUACUACUCAAUCGGUAAAGCCAAGGAGGAACUCGGGUACGAGCCCACAACACAACCUGAAGAAGCCAUGACCAAAACCAUUUCAUAUUUUAAAGACAAGAAAAGGAGGGAGGUCGAUGGUCCAAGCAUUUACGCAUGGACUUUCUGUGUGAUCGGUUUGCCUAGCAUUAUAUCAGUGGCAUGGCUACCGGACAUUGGACCCAUACCAUUCUUUCGAGUCAUUGCGAUGUUUAUCUUUAGGUCGAUGUUGGUAUUACGGAUAGCAUCGGGGAUUGUGGUGACAGCGCACGUGAGUGAAGCAGUGUAUGCGUUAUGGCUGGCUCGGAGAGUGGAUCCCAAGAAUGCAAAGGCUUGGUUUUGGCGGACGUUACUUCUGGCUACUUUCUCGCUUCGGUUACUUUUGAAAAGAGCCAAGGAAGUAAAACAAUCAACAUUAAGAGAAGGUCUUCUAACCAAUUCGGGGUCGUCUAUUGCUUGA